AUGACGCAGAGGAUUGCUUCUGAUCUAAGAUCUAGAUUGGUUCCAAAGCAACCAGUUGUAGCACCUCAAGUCACUUUAAAAGGCACACUUAACCCUCUCACCAAAUCUCAAAAACAUUCUCACACAAUGAACACUGCAUUACCACCUUUACCAGAUCCACCAUCCAAAGAAACAUCUGCAGAAUUCAAAAAGGACAAUGAAGACGACUAUACUCAAUACGAAAGCAUCAUUGAUAAGUUUAAUUCACCUUUCGAGUUCAUAGAUUUUGCAAAAAAGCACAACCUGACAAAAGAGUACAUAUUUUUACGCAGUACACAUGAAAUUGAAACAGCAGAUAAACCAAUUAAUCUCGUUCCUAUACCACGUGCUAAUGUAGAUACAAAACAACGCGAAGUAUGGACAUUAUCACUCGAAGGCUUAACACAUAUUAGGGAUGGUGAUGUUGAUUUCAUACCACUUGAUGUCUGGUUAGCAUCUAUCGAGAAAUUCAAGCGCUUAUUACAAAUUCCAUUCUUCAAGAAGCAUAGAGAAUGGAAGUUCUUCUCACUGUGGAGGAGAGGCGUUCAAUGCACAAAAAUUCAAACUUCUUUAACAAGAAUUAACGGAGAUUUCUUCUUUGCCGAUACAACAUUACGAAAUUCAUUCUUACAAGUACGAGUAGCCCUUAACGAGUUACAAAGAACAAAAUUAUUCUCUUUAAGAUCAGAUGGCGCUUAUACAUUACAACAAUUCAUAGAUGAGAACUCAGAAUACAGACAAACAGUAUCCCAAACAUUCGAAUCCUACUAUAAGAAGAUUACCAAAAUCGUUCAAGAAGCUUGUGAAAGAUCUCAAGAUGAAUUAACGAGUCCUGAGAGAUUUCAGAACGCCAAGAAAGGUUCAAGGCCUUUAGACUUAAUGAUCAACCAUUAUAAGUCACAAAAACAGAAAACUCAUAAAGCAAAAACAGCUGCUGAAAUGAAUUACACUCAGAAAGCUUCUUAUAAAGCGUUAUGCUUCAAAUUAGUAAGAUUUAUUAAAUUGGUCGAUUACCAUAUCAUUGGAUGUCUUCGUUACAUAUGUUUUUCUUCAUUAUUAGAAUUAUAUUCUAUUUUCAGACAUCUUUACAACGUCGGAGCAACAAAAACAGGGUUUGAGAAUGAAGCUGGUCCAGUCCGUGACCUCUCUUUAUCUCCAGAAUUCGUUCGUGUUUAUGAGAUGAUUAAAUUAAGAAUUGCAGAGGUUUAUCACUCACCAAUCUUCAGAGUGGACUUCUCAUUUGUCGAUAAUAAGCUUGUUUACAGUCCAGGUGAUAACGAAAUUAUGGAUUUAAUUGGUCAAGUUCGAAAUGACUUCAUAGAUGUAAUUUUCAAGUUCCCACGUCUUAUUGUCAAUCCAAUCUUUGCUCCUCUACACAAUGCAGACACAGAAGAUGCACUUUUCAAUCCGGAAUCUAUAAAUGUUCCAGAUUUAGGCCAAAUCCUGUUCAACGACGAGUUAUUCAAAGAGACAAGUUCGAACCAGAACACUAUUAUUGUAUCCUCAGUCAAUAUGCUCAACUUUUUCACGAAGAAUUUCCAACAUGCGAUCGAUGUUUUCAGGGAGAACGAAAACUUCGAUGUUUCCUUCAUGAACGAUGACAAUACAACAGCUUCAGAUAUUAGAAUGCAUAUUAACGAUAUCAGGGACCAAGAAAAACUCAUGAAAUCCAUUGCGGAAAAGUCAGAUGUUGGAUUAUUAUGUGUUUACACGCAAAAGAUGCGUUCUUUGUUCAUUACUUCUCCAGGAAAAUGUCUGCAGAUGGUCAGAGUUGAGAUUCCUUCCAUUACACGUCGUAAUCUCAUCAAACUCGAAGCGAACAUCCACAGAGCAUUUAAUUCUCUCACAGCAGACAUAACUGACGUCAAAACUUAUGUUGUUUACAUUUUGGCGGUCGAAAGAUACAAUGAAGAAGUCAAAGCACUGAAAACACAUAUGGACUUGAUCAAAGAAUUCUUCAAACUCGCUACGGAUCAAGCAGCUUAUAUUCCCGCUGAAAUGGAGAAUGAUUUUUCGGAAUUACAACCAAUUUUGGACGAAAUCCACACAAAUCUCGUUGGAUCUCGCGACAAAAUGGAUGAAUUAUCAAGAAGAUUCGUGUCUGAACUCGAGAAGAAUGUGGACGAUCUACAUGCAAGAGUUAAAACACUCCAAGAACUCGCGAACACUCCAGAACUCAACAACAUCGAAACAGGACACAAACAAAUCGCGAUGAUUUUCGUUGUUUUGAUUGCGAAAACAGACGAAAUCAAGAAACUCGCUGAUGAUUACGAUUUCUAUCAGCGGAAGAUUGGCGUACAAGGCUUCAAGUUCAAUGAUGUCAAUGACUUAGUCAAAGACGUCAAAUACAAACAACUACUUUGGGAAACAUUGAGUGAAUGGAGAGUUUCAACAGCACAUUGGUACGAAAUGGAUUUCACAACUGUAGAUGUCGAUAAAAUUGCAAGUGACAUUGAUUCUUAUCAUGACAGAGCGCAUGAAGCACUUAAGAAUCUUCCUGGCAAUGCAGUUUGUGUUGAAUUCAUGGGCAUGAUCGAAGAUUUCAAGAAUUUGCUUCCUGUCAUCAAAGAUCUCAACAACAAAGCCCUCAAACAAGAACACAAAGAAAGAAUCGAUACUCUCAUCGGUGGAAAAGUGUUCGAAAAAGGUUUGUACAAGAUCAAAUACCUUCAUGACUUGCAAGCCUUCAAUCUCGCGAAAGAUAUCGCUCAUGUUACUGAACAAGCUUCUAAUGAACAAACAUUACUCGACCACUUACAUAAUGUUAAAGACACAAUUGACAAUUUGCAAUUUAACCUUACAAAUGGUACAAAUUUGAAGGUUUAUUUCGGUGGAAUACAGGAAAUUUUGUAUUCCAUUGAAGAUGUCAAAGCGACAAUUGCUACUGUCAGAGCUUCCCAUUAUGUGUCUACAUUAAGAGCAAAUGCUGAUGAAUGGGUGAGAUCAUUAUCAGCAUUUGAAAAAGUUGUCAAAAAAUUGGAUUACGCACAAAAAUUGUGGGAUUUCAUAUCAGGAAUUCUCCACAGCACGGAUACAUUACGUCAAGUGCCAAAUUCUAAGGAUAUUACAUCCCUUGAAAAGCUUUGGAAAGGUUUGUACGUAAGAGCUAAAGAUGAUCCAAAUGCUUUCAAAGUUUGCAUGUCAAAUCAAACGAUGCCUGAUUUAGAACAAGCAAUUGAACUAUUGGAGAAAACACAGCAAUCAAUCAUAGAAGCAUUAGAAGCAAAGAGAGCCGUAUUCCCAAGAUUAUACUUCAUUUCCGACGAACAAUUACUCAAAUUGAUUGCAAUGCAAAAAGAACCAUUUUCUAUCAGAUCUUAUUUACCAUUUUUCUUCGAUGGAAUCGCGAAUUAUUACAUCGAAACAGAGAACCAUGUUCCAUUCAUUUCAGCUGUAUUAUCUGCAGAAGGUGAAGUCCUAAAACUUACACAAGUCAAGUACAGAUCAAAUGUCGAAGCAUGGUUACAAAACUUGGACGAAAUCUCUAAAAGAUCAUUGAGAUUCGAAUUCAAGAAUGAUGAUUCGAAGUACCACGAAAUGGUUCACGAAGGAUGGAUUGGAAACUCAUUGGCACAGUGUGGUUUCGUGCUAAGCCAAGUCUAUUUCACAGAAGCAAUAGAAUUGGCAUUUACAACACAAUCUCCUGUACAAGGAAUAACAAAUUUGAAGAAUGAAAUUUUGUCGAGAUUGGAUUUAUUCUCAAAUUUGAUGCGAACAAAACUAGAUGCUUUGGAAUUCAAGAAGUUCGCAAACUAUAUUACAUUGUUAUUUAGACAAAGAGAUCUCUUGAACACCAUAUUGUCCAAACAAAUCUUUGAUGCUAAUUCAUGGUUUUGGCUCAGUAAAUUAAAGUUCAAAUUUGAUGAAAACAAAAAAGAUAUUUUAGUGUUACAAGGAGACUUUUGCAUGAGAUACGGAUUCGAAUUCAGUGGAACAGCACCAAGAUUACCAAUCACUCAAGAUACAGCGCAAGUCUUCAAUUACAUGACUGUUGCAUUGAACUCUAAAUUGCCUGUUUUGUUGAGCGGUCCUUCCAAUGUUGGAAAGAACUCUUUGUUGACAGAAAUCGCAAGAAUGUUUGGUGUUUUCUCCGUACAAUUCUAUUGCGAUCCGACACUUGGAAUUGCACAAGUAGCUAAUGCAUGCCGUGGUGUUAUUCAUUCAGGUGUUUGGGGCGUUUUCAUUGAUAUAGAUCGUUUAUCUGAACAAGCAUUGAGUGUUAUCAGUGAAAAUCUCAUUAUUUACAGAGAUUCGAACUUCUCCGGUAUCAAGAAAUUGAAUUUCCAUGGUGUUGAAAUCCCUAUCAACCCAUCUUCAGCUUUCUUCGCUACAAUAACACCUGGAUCUAAAGGUCAUACUCCUCUUCCUUCAAAUUUCAGAUCUCUUUUCAGAAUUUUGAAUUUAACUUCAAUAGAUAUGACCGGAUACAUCGAAAUCAAGCUCCUUUCUAUUGGUUUAGCAAAUGCUCAUGAAUUGGCAUUGAAAAUCAAGAAGCUCCUCCAUACUUAUUCAUUGUACGCUUCUAAAAUGGAGAGAAUUAUUUUCAACCAAGCAUUCGAGUACAUGAAAGAGACUGCAAUUGAAGAUUCAGAGCUAGAAGCACCUAAAUUAGUAGUUUUCGCAUUGAAUCACUACGCACAGAGGUAUCUGAAGAGUGAUUUACAAGUCAUUUUCAUUGAUUUGAUCAAAGAAAACUUCCCUGAUGUUGAAAUUUUGGUUGAAGAGUUUUCAGAAGAUUAUCUCAAAACUGUCAAAUAUUGCAUCAAUUCUCUCAAUCUUUCAUACUCAGAACAAUUAUGUCAAUCUGUUCUCCACAUCAAUGAUGUCUUGACACAUCAUAAAGCAGUGAUUUUCUUGGGAGAUACUGAUUCAGGAAAAUCCAUGAUGUUGAACAUUUUGAUGGAAUUACACAAGACAUUUUCAUUGGCAAACAGAAUCAUUCCAACUGUUGUUGUUCAUAGAAUAUUUCCUAAUUCAUUUGAACUGCAAGACUUGAUUGGUUACUACGAUGAAAAAACAAAUAAAGCUCAUUUAGGACAUGUUGAAACCGAGUGUAUAAAUGCAGAUCCAGAACUCCAAAACUGGUUUGUUUUCGAUGGUUUGAUUUUGUCAGAAUGGAUCGAAAGUUUGCAUACAGCAAUCUCUUAUGGAGGAACGAUUUUGUUCCCAAGUGGAACUCGUAUUCCAAGAAGAGAUUCAACACGAUUUAUUUUCGAAUCAAAAUCUUUGUCAUGCGCAAGUCCUUCGACUAUUUCUCGAUGUGCAAUCAUUAAUUUCAAACAGGAUAACAUAUCUCCAAUGGAUGUUGUCCAUUCAUUGACGAAACAACUUGUUGAACCUUUGUUUAAGAUGGAAACACAAAAAUACAUUUUGCAGAAAUUCAAAGAAUUAUGCGAUGUAUCAAUAAAAGUUGUUCAUAACUAUUACAUCGAGACGAACGAAGCUAAACCAGCUUAUGUAACAUUCAUCUCUUGCAUCAGAACAUUCUUUAAGAUCUUCACAAGUUUGGUUGGAGACACAGUUUUCCUUGAUGAAAAUGGUUCACACAACAUGACGAUUUAUUUCGUUUUCUCUUACAUUUGGGGAUUUGGUGGUUACAUGGAUAACAACCAAAGAAACAUCUUCGAUACAAUUGUAAGAGAUACAUUCAACAACAUUAAUGUUAUUCCAGUAAGAGGCCUUGUUUUCGAUUGGUUUGUCCAGAAAACAGAACCAGAAUAUUCUUGGGCAAGUUGGGCAGACAAUGUUCCUAAGUUUGUUGAUAUCGCACCAGCUGAUUUAGAAAUUAAUCCAUCAACUGUUAAAGCAUAUAAUGUUAUUGUUCCAACAUUAGAAACAGAGCGAACAAAACAUCUUCUUAGACUGUUACUCAAAGGAAAUCAUGAUGUUUUGCUGAGCGGAGAACCAGGAAUUGGAAAAUCAUUAAUUGUUAAUGAUUUAUUGCAGGAAUUCGAGAAAAAUGAUUAUAGACAUAUCGAAUUCUUGUUCUCUCCAAACUGCAAACGUAGUAAUGUUGAAGAAACACUCAUCAGUAGAAUGCAAAUGGAGAAAGGACACAAGUUGUAUCCAACAGGUGAUAAACAAUCAAUUAUUUUCAUUGACGGAUUCAAUUCUCCCAAACUCAAUGAUGAAGGAGUGAAUAUUGUCAAUGAACAUCUCAGAGAACUGAUUGAGUAUCAUUCUUUCGGAUCAACAAUACUCAAGAAGAAAUUAUCAAUUAGAAAAACAUCAUUCAUUGGAAUUUCAACAUUGAAUUUGAUGAAUCCAAUUGAUAAAUCUCUUGCAAGUAAAUUCGUCAAUUUAACAAUGAUGCCAUUGACAAGUUCAAGUGAAUUCCAGAUCUUCCAAUCCGUUUUAGCUGUAAUGUUCAAUAAUUACCCAGAAGCUGUUCGUAAUUCAGUUGGAAAGAUCACAAAUACAUUGAUUUAUACCUUAGAAUCUGUUGAAAAAAUUUUCACGAGACAAGUUGAAACUCCAUGGAUUGUUUUCAACAUGCAUGACUUCGGAAAGAUCUUGAGUUCAUUGCUGAAAUGCAAUGACAAAGUAAUAACUGAUCAAAGAGCUCUUGAAAGGUUCUUUUCUCAUGAAUUAAUGAGAGUUUACGCUGAUAAAAUGAACAAUGAAACAGAACUCAAGAAAUUCACAGAUAUGUUCGAAGGAAUUGCGAAAAACAAAAUGGGAUCAGACCAAAAACCAAAUGUCUUGUUUGGCUCUUAUUUCGGAGAUUUCACACGUUCUGUUCAUACAAUGGAAGAAGAAAUCUCAAAUAUACAAGAGUACAAAUCAUUGGAUGAAGUCAAAGCUGUUUUCCAUGGUCAUUUAGAAGAUUUCAACUAUUCAAAACUCGCCAAAUCCAAAUCAGUUGUUAUCUUGACACAUACAGCUGUUCAUCUCUCAAGAUUGUGCAGAGUUCUCAGGUUCUGUCGUGGCCACGCGAUGCUUAUUGGUCCUUAUGGAUCAGGAAAGAGAACUGUUGCGAGAUUGGCUUCUUUCAUUAUUGAUGCAGAUUGUAUUGAAUACGAUGACAACAACAUGCAAACAGAAGAAGUCAAAAUCAAUUUAAUGAGAGCGGGAAUCAACGGAAAAAGAGUUGUUUUCUUAUUAACUCUCGACCAGAAUUCAGAAUACAAAGGAAUUGAACUUGCAAACAUGUUAAUAACAGGUACAGGAAUAUUAACACUGUUUUCUAAUGAUGAAUUAGAUAGAAUCUGUUCAGAUAUCUGUGGUUUCUCGAAGAAAGCAGGAAAAGGUGAAUCAAAUCAACAGCUUUUGAACUUAUUCAAAGAAAGAGUUCUUGAAAACAUGCAUUGCAUCGUUUCAAUACAAGAUGAUGUUCCAACAUUAAUGAGAUAUUGUUCCCAAUAUUCUUCUCUUUGGAGAUUCUGUGAUAUUGAUUAUUACAAACACCUCAAUGACCAAGAUUUGUUCACCUAUGGCGAAGAUUACAUAAGAGUUGAAACUAAUUCAAGAGUUGAUAAAAAAGCUGCUUUGGAAAUUGCAACAUUCGUUUACAAGACAGUCGAAAAAUAUGCACCUCAUUUGGAUAGAACAAUCUUCUCUUACGUUCUUUCUCCUUUCUUGUUUGUUAAAUACUUGAGAACAUGUUCAUUAGUAUUUAACAAAUUCAUCGCACAAGCCGAAGCACAAAUUGCUCCAAUCAAAGCUGCUUUGGAUAGAUUUGAUGAUGCCGACAAAAUAAUUGAAUUGGCAAACCAUGAAAUCACAGAAAUCAUGCGCCAAAUGAGAAGAUCUAAAGAUAAUUUAGAUGAUGUCUACGCGAAAAUCGUUGAUACUUCCCAGAAACACGACAAAAUCAAGAAGAAGAUCGAAAACGAUGAAAAAGAAUUAGAAGAAGAAAACAACAAAGCGACGAAAUUAUUGAGAGAAAUUGAAGAUUCAUUUGGAAAGAUAAACAAUGAUUUCAAGGCUGCUUGUGAAGCAUUUGGUAAAUUCUCACAUGACGAGAUUGAUGAAGUUGUUGGAUUCGAAACUGUUGAUUAUCCUUUCUUGACAACUGUUGUUGGAGUUAUUUGUAUUUUAAGUGACCAACAAAACACAAACAAAGGAACUUUCAACAUGUUAUUCAAUGAUCCAACAUUCUGCCAGAAGUUGUCCCUUAAAUACAACGAACAGAACCAUUUGACACCAAAGACACUUGCUAAAAUCAAAGAAAUAAUGGGUCCUGAAACAAAAUUGUCAAAUUUGCCAGAAUCUUUUGUCAAAAUUGUCAAUUUCAUACAGAAUUUGAUCAAGUUCGAAGACAACUAUCCAGCAUAUCUUCCUAAGCAAACACAGUACCAACAGUUGCUUGCAAGCCUCAGAACAAGAAGAGCAACAAUAAAGAGAAGAUACCAAAAACUUGAAAUCGUAAAUGAUCAAUUAGCAGCUCAUCAAAGCCAAAACGAAUCAUCCCAUGACGCUUACAAGCUCGGAAGAAAGAAGGACGAACUCAAAGCACGUGCUGAUAAAUUUAACGCGUUCAAAGAGAAGAUGAAACCAAUUUUAGAAGAGUGGAAAGCAAAAAUCCAAGAUAUAAAUGAUAAAAUGAAAUACAAUGUUGCUCAUACGAUGUUAUGCACAUUGUAUUUCAUUUAUUUGGGACCAUUUGAUUCAGAAUACAGAAUUAAAAUUGUUGAAGAAGUUAAAGCGAAAAUAAGAGAACAAAAUCUCGAGAUUGAUCCUGAAUUUAAGUUCGAGCAUUGUUUCGUUUCUCCUUCAACAAUUCGCAAAUGGAUCACAAUGGGAUUACCUCCAAAUGCACAAGCAACAGAGAAUGCUGUCAUUGUUAAAUAUGGUUUCUUAGUUCCUUAUAUCUAUGAUCCUAACGAAAUCUGUUUGAAUUGGCUGAAGAAAGUCGAAGAACAGAAUCAAAUCGCUGUUUUGCAGCCAGGAAUGCAGAACUACUCAAGGAUUAUAGAGACAUGUGCAAGAAAUGGUAAAUCAGCAUUGAUUGAGAAUUUCACCGCCAAUUCUUUCGAUCCUUUCAUUGAUGCUUUCAUCAAUAGAAAUACAACAGAUAAAGGAAAAUAUUUGACGAAAGUUGGAGAAAGAUCAAUCGAAGUUGAUUCCCAUUUCACUUUGUUCUUGUUGAAUUCUUCAACAGUUACUGUUGUUUCACCUGAAGUUUUCCAGAAAACUGUUGUUGUUUCAUUCAAACCAGGAAGAAUGGCCUAUCAAAUGACUAUUUCAAGCCAAAUCAUCAAAGUUAAAGACCCUGCUUUGGAAGAGAAAUACAAUUCAUUGUACGAAACUCUCGCCAAUGCUGAGAAGAAUUACCAGAAUAGUGAAGAUAGACUGUUCGAUUUGUGCACACAAAAAGAUGGAAACUUCAUUGACGAUGAUGUUUUGGAAAGAGCAAUUUUGGAGAUGAAAGAAAAUUAUUCAAGUGAAUACCAGAAAUACAAGGAAUUAAGAGAUCAAAUCAAAGCUCUCGAGCAAGAGAAACUACAGUUCGAUGACACAGCACAGCAUUUGUCAUUGAUCUUCUACUUGAUGAGUAAUAUUUCACGUUACAAUCCUUUGUUCAAGACUUCUCAUGAAGCAUUGAUGGAAAGUUUGUCAAAUGCAUUGAAUGAAACGGAAGGAACAGAGAAUAUAGUGGCUCCCAUCACUAAAUACAUUGUUAACUAUGUAAUACACGCUAUGAAUGUUAAUGACAGAUUCUUAGUCCUGUUUUUGGUUUCUUUCUCUGUUUUAAUUGACAGAAAAGAAUCAAAUGCAGAAGAAUUUUGGUUCUUGACGCAUAUGAAGACAGUCAAACCAUUUAUAGAGAAUCCAGCACCUAAAUCUAUUGCACAGACAUAUUGGCUGAACUUGAGUGCAUGCGCAGAGAAGAUAAAGCCAAUACACGAACUGAUGAUGAAAGUUACAAAUGAUCCAACGAAUUUCAUUGAAUGGAUCAAAACUCCAGGAAAAAGAUUGGAAAAUCUUUCGAUUGUUCAAGAACUGAUUGUGACAAGAAUCUUCAAGAUAAAUGACUUGUUUGGAUUAGUCAAAGAAAUGAUUAGUAACGUGUUUGGCGAUGACGAAUUCGAUAUAAACGACAUGUCAAUGCAAAGCGCGUUUUCUAAUACACAAGCAUCGCAAAAACCAGUUUUAAUGAUCUCUACAUGCAAUUCCAUCGACCAAAGAGCGUUUGUAAGAGAACUUAUGCUGCAAAGACAGAUAGAAAACAGCCAAACAAAGAGAUUUACAGUUAUUACAACAGAUUCUUACUCAGAGAAAACACUGAUGAAUGUUGUUGAAGACACAAUCAACAAUUCAGGUGUUGUUUUCGUUCCUGACAUCCAUUUGAAUCCAAACAUCGGAAACAUUUUGUUCGGAUUAAGAAACAAAGUGUCAAGUAACUUCAGGAUCGUUGCAACAACAAGAAAAACAGUUUUGUUGUCGAGUUUGGCUUCUUCAAGUUACAAAGUUCAUAUUAAAGAUCCUUCUUUGACUGAUACAAUGAUAACAUUGAGUUCCUACAUCGAUAAAAUCAUGUUGAAGUCUGCAACAUGGACAAGAAUCAUUUAUAUGGCUUUGUACAUUCAUUCCUGCUUCUGCAUAAGAAGACAUUUAUGGUCUGCUUUCGCUGUAGAAUACAAAUUUGGAAUUCCUGAGUGGUGCAUCAUAUGUUCAGGACUUCGACAGAUCCAGAAGAGGAAUAUCAAUCCAAAACCAGAUGUUUUCCCUCUAGAUGAAGUCAAACACGUAAUUUUGAAUGAUGCUUACGGUGGAUUGAUUUGUUCUGAAUAUGAUAAAAUUAUGUGUCAAAAAGUUGUCAAUGCUUUGAUUCAAUUCAGUUCUCCUUUCUGCCAAAACGUCACUCUUCCAAAGCAAGGAGGCAUCGACGAGAUAAUAAGAUGCAUCCAUGCAAUGGGAGACUUCGAUUGCUUCCUUCCUCAUCACAUGAGAUUCGAAAAAUCUGUUGAAAGAAGCGCUUUGCUUUCUAUCAACAGAAUCAACGAAUUCUUCGAGAAUAAACUCUCAACAACUGUGUACGAAACAGCUGCAGGAGUUCUACAAAACGUUAUCUCUAAUCUCCCUGUAUUAGAAGAUAUCGGAAGCACUGACGAAAUGAUGCAGUUGUCCGAUCCAAUGAUGAUGGUUUUGGCCAGAGAAAUUCGUUAUUUGAUGCAAAAAUUACAAAUUAUACAAGCUUCUGCAAAUCAUUUGUUGAAUGUCGCAAAGCGAGUUAAACCACCAAGAGAAUCAGAUAUCGAGAAAAUCAUGAAGCUCGCAGAGUACAUUCGUCCCAAAGAAUGGGAUAUUGGCUUCUCUCCACGCAUGGUUGAAUCAUGGAAAGUUCAACUCAAUGUCACUGCCGAUUUCUUCAAAUCUUGGGUGAGAAGAGGAAAACCAAAAGUUUUCCAGGCUUCAGCGUUCAGAUUCAUGAGGAUAAUGACUAGAUCCAUUAAGAUAAGACUCGCUCAAGCAAUGAAUAUCCCAACAAGUGAUUUCUUGAUGAAGGCAACUCCGUUGGAACAAGAACCAGAAGAAGUUCCAAAUGACGGACAUUUGAUGUCCGGUUUCGAACUGAUGGGAGCAGCUUUGAAUCAAAACAGAGAAGUUACAGCAAGUGCUAACUCAUAUACAACUAUUAAGUACUUGAUGAUACAGCCUGUUCUCAAAGAUUCUCUGGAUAAAUCUUUUGUUCCAAUUCCAAUUUACAGAUCAACAGAACCAGUUGAAAUAGAGGAUUGGCUUGAAGAAGUGAACUUCGGAGGAACAUUAAUGAUGAAGAUUGCUGAAGGAGAAGAGCCAAUGCUCAGAUUAAUGGGCGUUUCUUUGUUAAUCCCAACAAUUAUGUCUUAUAUUGAUGUUCAAUAA